ACAAACUUUUCUGCUGUCUUCUCAAGCACAAAGAAACUCUCAAACUCAAUCAAAAAUGAAAUUGAUCAUCGCUCUCGCAUUCUUGGCUGUGGCUUUGGCUGCUCCUCAAGGCGAUAAGAAGCCGAUUGAAAUUAUUUCAUCCAACAGCGAAAUGAACGCCGAUGGAAGCUACUCGUUUGCCUUCGAAUCCGAGGAUGGCACCAAGGUUGAGGAAAGCGGAUCCCAGAAGCAAGUUGGACCUAAACCCGAGGAUAUCGGCACCGUUUCCCGCGGAUCUUACUCUUACACCAGCCCCGAUGGCGUCGUCCUCACCGUCAACUGGGUUGCUGAUGAGAACGGUUUCCAGGCCACCGGUGAUCAUUUGCCCACUCCUCCCCCGAAGCCCGAACACGUCGUCAAGCUCCUUGCUGACUUGAAAGCUGCCGGUCUUCUGUAAACUCGUGCACAUAUUACUUACCAACAUGUAACCACACCGCAAUCAAAUCAAAUUGCUCCGAUCGCUUUGUACAACUUCAAUGGCAACGGUCCCAACUUUUUCUGGGAUCAAAAUACAAAACAAACGUUUAGUUCCGUAAAA